UCUUCGAGGCCAGGACUGGGUGAUGGUGUCACUACUCCCGCCGCAGUCUGACGUCACGCUGCCGGGCCCCGCCAUCCUGGAGGGCGAGCCCCAAGGGGACCUCAUGCAGGCGCCAGGCCUCCCAGGCUCCCCUGCCCCACAGAGCAAGCAUGCCGGCUUCAGCUGCUCAUCUUUUGUUCCCGAUGGCCCUUCAGAGAGGGCACCCUCAUUGCCCCCCCACAGCCCCAGCAUCGCAUCACCAGGCCCCGAGCAAGUCCACUGCCCAGCCGGCCCUGGCCCAGGUCCCUUCCGGCUGUCACCCUCAGACAAGUACCCAGCCUUCGGCUUUGAAGAGGGCUCAGCCAGCAGCCCUGGGCGCUUCCUUAAGGGCAGCCAUGUGCCUUUCCACCCAUACAAGCGGCAUUUCCAGGAGGACAUCUUCCCUGAGGCCCAGACAGCUCUGGCCCUCGAGGGACACUCCUUUAAGACCCCGGAGGUGCUGGAGGCCUUCGAGGAGAUGCCCGUCGAUGUGGGGGAGGCCGAGGCCUUCCUGCCUGGCUUCUCAGCAGAGGCCUGGUGCAAUGGACUCCCCUACCCCAGCCAGGAGCACAGCCCCCAAGUCCUGGGAUCGGAAAUCAAGGUCAAGCCUGCAGCUCUGGAGAGUGGUCCCGGGAUGUACUGUUUCCAGCCCCCCUUGCAGCACAUGUACUGUUCCUCCCAGCCCCCCUUCCACCAGUAUCCACCAAGUGGUUGCAGCUACCCUGUACCCUACCUGGGCUCCUCACACUAUCCGUACCAGCGGAUUGCACCCCAGGCCAGCACCGAUGGGCACCAGCCUCUCUUCCCCAAACCCAUCUACUCCUACAGCAUCCUCAUCUUCAUGGCCCUUAAGAACAGUAAAACUGGGAGCCUUCCUGUCAGCGAGAUCUACAAUUUUAUGACGGAGCACUUCCCUUACUUCAAGACGGCACCUGACGGCUGGAAGAACUCUGUCCGCCAUAACCUAUCUCUCAACAAGUGCUUCGAAAAGGUGGAGAACAAAUCAGGAAGUUCCUCUCGCAAGGGCUGCCUGUGGGCCCUCAAUCCAGCCAAGAUUGACAAGAUGCAGGAGGAGCUGCAGAAGUGGAAGAGGAAAGACCCCAUUGCUGUACGCAAGAGCAUGGCCAAGCCAGAAGAGCUGGACAGCCUCAUUGGAGAUAAGAGGGAGAAGCUGGGCACACCACUGCUGGGCUGCCCACCCCCUGGUCUAGCGGGCUCGGGCCCUAUCCGGCCCCUGGCACCUCCAGUUGGGCUCUCCCAGCCGCUGCACUCAAUCCACCCAGCUCCGGGCCCUAUUCCUGGCAAGAACCCCCUGCAGGACCUACUUGGGGGGCACGCGCCCUCCUGCUAUGGGCAGACAUACUCGCACCUCUCAUCGGGCCUGGCCCCUCCUGGACCUCCGCAGCCAUUGUUCCCGCAGCCGGAUGGGCAUCUUGAGCUGCGGGCCCAGCCGGGCACCCCCCAGGACUCACCUCUACCUGCCCAUACCCCACCCAGCCACGGCACCAAGCUGCUGGCUGAGCCUUCCCCAGCCAGGACCAUGCAUGACACGCUGCUGCCAGAUGGAGACCUUGGCACUGACCUGGAUGCCAUCAAUCCCUCUCUCACCGACUUUGACUUCCAGGGAAACCUGUGGGAACAGCUGAAGGAUGACAGCUUGGCCCUCGACCCCUUGGUACUGGUGACCUCGUCCCCGACAUCAUCUCCAAUGCCACCAGCCCCCCCACCACCGCACUGCUUCCCCCCUGGGACCUGUCUGGCAGAGACAGGCAAUGGGUCAGGUGACUUGGCACCACCAAGCAGUGGGGGCUCAGGGGCACUGGGUGACCUACACCUCACCACCCUCUACUCAGCCUUCAUGGAGCUGGAGCCCACGCCCCCCACGGCCCCUGCUGGCCCCUCCGUGUACCUCAGCCCCAGCUCCAAGCCCAUGGCCCUAGCAUGAGACAUGCCCAGCAGCGGCUCCAGCCUUUGCCUGGCCUGGGAGUCCCAGCGGGCCGCCCACGUUGGGCUCACUUUAAAGGUCAAAGAAGGAAUACACUCCCUAUCCCCUAUGGCACUAAAGCCAACUUGUUUGUUAGCUGGUAGCUGGGGGUGGAGAAGACACCACCCAGGGUGCUGCCCCUCACACAUUUCUGCCGCCCGGUGGGCCAGCUCCUCACUCAGGGCCCCUGAAGAACAAGUGUCCAGGCAAGAAGAAAACACACUCUCCCUAGCUCACACUCAUCCACACUCAAGCCUUCAGGCCCGUGUGCACGCACACAGUUAUUCAGACAUACACCCACCCACAUACCUUAUAUCCAGAGGAAUCAGGACUACAUCACAGAGCCUGACUUCAUUUCUGGGGCAGCUGAGAACUGAGGGCUUUGGUUACCAAAAGCUCAGGGCCCCCAUGCCAGGUCCAAGACCACCCUGAACCCUAUUCUGACGUCCACGUUCUCUGCCGGCCUGUCCCCCUCCAGGCGUGAUCUUCCCCAGAAGUCCCUGUAUUUAUUCUCCCAUCUUUAUCACAGCAGCCCAUCAAGGAGGAAGAAACAUGGAGCCCCUCCCCAAGUUGUCUGGGGACUCCCCGGAGGGCUGCUACUUAACAGCACCAACUCUUCCAGGCUCUACCCGUCCUCAGCAUACUGCUCUGUCUAGCCUUCUCCAGGGUGACACACAGGAGGGGCAAUGUCCACCCCAGGACCAAACUGAGCCCAAUUCCAGCACAAAGUGUUUGGAAAAGCCCCUGCCCUUGGAAACUUGAAAGUGAACUCUUCUCCCAGCCCUGGGUGCAGGAAGGGCCCCUCCAGGUCACCCCAGUCUCACUCUUUCUCUAUAAGAAGUUCGUGUAGUUUAGGCCCCAGCUUAUUAGUGACUUCCAACGGCCUCAGGCAGCCUGGGCAUUAAGGGAAGGGAAGCCUGGUAUAGGCUGACGGGGUAGCACCCAUGUCCCCUUUCUCUGACUGUUUGGCAGACCCAGGACGC